AUGGAUGAUAUCGUAACGGUAACUGAAUUUUGUGAGAGAUUUAGGAUUCCAUCAAGCCUACGCGAAUUUUAUGGCUGGAACACAGAUGUCAUACGUCUGGACAAGGCAAACUUUAAUGAAAAAGAAGCAGAUAUUUUAGCUUGUGAGAAGAAGCGACCCGCAUCAUCCUUGUUGCCUUCUUAUUCGAAGAAACCAGCUGUAAAAGAGCACAGAAUACCAUAUUGGAAUUUGCCGCCGAAGUUUUCCGUACCAGCUAGUCGGGCCUCAAUCAUUUCAGCUCAAACAGAAAUAUCAAGAGGAUCAAUAUUAGAGACGGAUGAUGCAGUGCCACCAGUAUCUCAGUGCUCCAUUCUUCAGAGUGAGACUCUGCAGACUUCCAUUUUGGAUAGCGAAAUUCAUAUGACAACUCAAAGUAGUCCGCCACCUGUCAUUUUAUCCAGUUCCCACGAUUGA